AUGGUCUUUUUCCGUGCAACCCUGUUACUCAACUUUCGGCAUUCUGCUACAUUUCUUGCCGAGUCCGCCAUUAUACCUAAAAAAUCUAUAACCCUAGCUUCAUCAUUAAGAAGUGGGAGUGACAACGGUCAGUUGCAAUUUGGAAUUUUUGUUCGCGAAUAUUCGAAAAAAUCAAAGAUGAGUACUUUGCCGCGCGUUUUUUUCGAUAUGAAAGCUGAUGACGAGCCCCUCGGCCGCAUUAUAAUGGAACUGCGUUCUGAUGUGGUUCCCAAGACCGCCGAGAACUUCCGUGCUCUCUGCACCGGCGAGAAAGGAUUCGGCUACAAGGGAUCCAUUUUCCACCGCGUCAUUCCCAACUUCAUGUGCCAGGGAGGUGACUUCACCAACCACAACGGCACUGGUGGCAAGUCCAUCUACGGCAACAAGUUCCCCGAUGAGAACUUCGAGCUGAAGCACACCGGAUCCGGCAUUCUAUCUAUGGCCAAUGCUGGCGCCAACACCAACGGAUCCCAGUUCUUUAUUUGCACCGUUAAGACAGCUUGGUUAGACAAUAAGCACGUCGUCUUCGGUGAAGUUGUUGAUGGAUUAGACGUUGUCAAGAAGAUCGAGUCUUAUGGCUCUCAAUCUGGCAAAACGUCGAAGAAGAUUGUUGUGGCCAACAGCGGUGCUUUAUAAAGAGGCAGCAGCAGCGGCAGCAAAUUAAGACGAAAAACCCCGUUCGCAUUUUCUCCAACAUUUUUUACCAAUAAUUGUAAAAGUUUUUAUGAAAUACAAUACAUAUUUUCAAUAGACAA